UCCACGUUUUUUAGAUUAACAGAGGGCGUAUCGCUUUCAGGGAUCAUCUAAAAGCGGGCCAUGACACCUCUCAGUCUUCGAUGACCUCUUUUCACAUUAAAUUGUAUACAUAAAAAUACAUUUUCUAAUAUCUACCUCUAAAAGUUGCGGACUUGAUUUAAAAUUUUAUAAUCAACGCUACAUCGAUUUUUUGACGGAGAAGAGAUUUUGGUACGCAGAAAAUAUGACUACAUUCCAAAUUUCGGCACCGGGUAGAGUUUUCUUAUGCGGAGAGCAUACGGUGAUGCAUGGAAAACAAGUUGUGGCGGCCAGUUUAGGUCUUCGUACCACGCUCAAAUUCCGCCAACUACCUCUACAGUUAGGAAUCAUUAAGAUAGAUUUCCCUGAUGUCGAUAUAUCGUUAGACAUACCUUUACAAAUGAUUGUAAAUUUUACUCUCUGCAAAAAUUAUAGUUCUAUGAUCAAUGAUUAUCCCUAUAUAUUCCUUGGAUGCGUGCGAAAUUUUAUCACUUUCAACGGAUUAUGGAGGACAAAUGAGCAGAGAGUUAGCUUACAAAUUUUCUUUUUUCUCCUAUUGGUUAUCGCUCGGAAGGAAGAACUCGAUAUACAACCUUUUCACGUACACUUGACCACGAAAUUAAAGAUGAACGCUGGUCUUGGCAGUUCGACGUCGUUCGCGACAUGUCUCGCCGCGUGCUUUUUACAUUGGUCGUGUCUACAGAAAGAUGACCACAAUGGAUUUACUCCGGAAGAAUUGAAACGAAUUUCGGAAUAUGUGAUGUCCUCUGAGGAAGAAUAUACAGAGACUUAUGAGUUCAAUCAGGAUCACAUGAUAUGCACAUACGGUCGUGUAACAGCAUAUAAAUGUAUAAAAGGACCGCUAAAUGUCCAGAGUGAAAUCAUAAAUACGCCAGAAAUGUAUAUUUUCCUGGCUGAUGCAAAAAUUUGCUUAGAUAAGAAACAACAGAUGCUACAAUUGGCCGUCAAGGCAAAUAGAGAUCGCAUCGCCGUUGAUGACCUUUUAGACAAGAUCAAUAAUAUAUCGGAAGAGGUUGUUCAAAUACUCCAUAAAAUCAGAGAGAACCAUCAGAGAACAAACAGGAAUUUACAAUUAUUAGAAAGCUUAUAUAAAAAUAUACAGGAUAAACUUUUCUCGAAUCAAAAUAGCCUACGUGAGUUGGAUUUGUCGCAUCCGAAUAUCGAUUCUAUUUGUUCCAUUGCAGGAAAUUAUGGAUUCAAAGGGAAAUGCGCAGGAAAUGGAACUGGUGAUGUAAUAAUUCUAUUACCAGAAUCAACAGAAUACAAUAAUAGAGCAUUUAAUCUUGUAUCAGAUUUGUUAUGGAAUGGUUUUUCUGUGUCCACUACUACAGUAUCCUGCACGGGAGUGCGUCUUGACCAGGUUCAUUAAAAUUGCACAUAAAUAAUUAAAUACAGUGAAGGAAUAAAAAUUUUUCAAAAAUAACAAAAUGCGUAUCAGCUGAAAAAUAAAGUAUAGUAAACGUGUACAUAUUCAAACUUUUAAAUUACUAUUCCAGAUGUAUGCGUUACUAAUAGUAUAGAAAAAAAAAAUAUUCAUUUUAUUUUUUUAUUUUAUAGACUGGAAAAAAUUUACAGACUGAAAUUUUGUAUAUAUGCAUGUAUAAGAAUUAAUAGACAAAGCAUCAUUAUCCUUUUCUGGAUUUUUACUUUCGAGAUUUAAUCGAGAUGAUCCAUUUUAUUUAUUAUUAAUCGAAUUAAGCUUUACGUAAUGCAAAAAAUAACAAGAGCAACGCUGCUUAUCGUCUGCACCAAAAUUACAUAAUCUUUUCUAUUAAAUGAUGUAAUUCAUUGUACGAGUACUAUUUUAUUUCAAUUAUAAAAUAAUUUGAGUCAAAGUAUAUUU